AUACUUCUAACGAGUUCCACGCCAUCCAACGGAGGGAACACACAUCUACGGGUGUUCCAUUAGGCUAGUUAUUUACCUACCACCAGGCAGUGGACACAGAACGUGUCAACUUUAAGAAGAAAAUACUACUGUUGCAGUAAAUUCGUUGACCAUUAAUAAACACACCAUGGAACCCCGAAGAUUGAUGAUAACGCUGUGGUUGGGAGUAAUAACGGCAAGUGUGCAGUCAGCAGCAGUUCCUACUCAAGAUGAGUACUUAGUAGUUGCGAGCGGUCAUCCGAAAGUACGCAGGAGCACAGAUGACACUACAGAUAAACCACUUGAGCCAAUAAAAUUGACAGAGAUGCGCGUACGCUCUGAGGUAGCGCUGCGCUACGCGCGCACGUCUGUGCUCACCCACGUGCACAACCCCGACGCGCGGCCGCAGGAGGUCACCUUCCGCAUGCUGCUGCCCGACACCGCCUUCAUCAGUGGCUUUACUAUGAUUAUUGGUGGAAAAUCAUACAAAGCGUAUGUUAAAGAAAAACAGGAAGCUAAGCAAAUUUACACCCAAGCAGUAUCACAGGGGCUUGGUGCUGCUCACAUAGCUACAAAAGCUCGCGACUCCAACCACUUCACGGUGUCAACCAACGUGGAAGGCAACACGACAGCAGUCUUCGACUUGAGAUACGAAGACUUCCUAACCAGCCGUGACGGGUUCUACAGUCACGUCAUCAACCUACACCCAGGCGCUCUUGUGCCUAUAAUGGAAGUCGUAGUGCAUAUCAAAGAAUCUCAGAAGAUCACUAAACUGCGUAUUCCCGAUUUGAGGACCGGAAACGAAAUUGAUACGACGAAAGACACGCAAAAUUCAAAGGCCGUUAUUCAAAAUGGUACCGACGAGCGAGAAGUGACCAUUACUUUUACUCCUGAUCUGUCGGAACAACGAAGACUUGCUAAAAUAUAUAUGGAAAAAAGUAAAGACUCAAGUACGUCACUUGGACAAUUUGUAGUGGAGUACGAUGUAGAGCGAUCUAACAAUGGUGAAAUAUUGGUUAACGAUGGUUACUUCGUACACUUUUUGGCCCCGACAGCGCUGCCUCCAUUGAGUAAGCACAUAGUGUUCGUACUUGACACAUCGUGGUCUAUGGCAGGCCGCAAAAUUGACCAGCUGCGUAUAGCCAUGAAUACCAUACUCUCUGAUCUCAAUCCAAAUGACUACUUCAGCAUCGUAGAAUUCAACAGCGACGUUAAGAUUUACGAAUUCAAGGAAGAUGAUGACGAAGUGCACUAUGUAACCUUCAACGAAUUGAACCCAUCAACUUCGCUCGCGCCACCAACGCUCGCCUCGCCGAAAAACAUUGCCAAAGCGAAAGUUAUUGUGUCAAGACUGCAACGUACUGGAACUACCGACAUUUACAGCGCGCUGGAAGCAGCUUUGAGUCUCGUGAAAAAGGGUGUUGAAAAGAAAAUUGAAAUUACUAACGACAGCGCUGUUGUUAAUACCGAUGAGAACGUUAAAAAAAGAAAGGAGUUGGAGCCUAUCAUCUUCUUUUUGACGGACGGUGAGCCGGUGAGUGGUGAAACUAACACCGAUCGAAUUACCUCGCUUAUUACUACAAAAAACUCCGGCGAUAUCAAGGCGGCCUUAUACUCGAUCGCAUUUGGUGAAGGUGCGGACCGCGCGUUCCUGCGCAAGUUGUCGCUACGCAACGAGGGCUUCAUGCGGCACAUCUACGAGGCGGCGGACGCGGCGCUGCAGCUGCACGACUUCUACCGACAGGUGUCCUCGCCGCUCCUCGCUAACGUCAAGUUUCUUUACCCUGAAAAUCAGACAAAAGAAGGGUCUGUGAGUCGUAGCCAGUUCCGCACAAUUAAUGCUGGUUCUGAAGUGGUAGUUGUAGGUCAGGUCGCAGAUGAUGUCACAGAAAUGACGCCGAGAAUCGUCGGCUUCCGCGGCAGUGAAGAUGGCCAGGAACAGUAUGAAGCAUCCUCGAAAGUCGUAGUGACUCGUACUAAGGAUGAAUACUUGCCGCUGGAGCGUUUGUGGGCCUACCUUACCAUUAAGCAACUGCUGGACAAACGUGACGCAGGUGAAGAAACCAGCGUCAAGAACAGCAGCUCCGAGGGAAAGGCUCUAGCUAUUGCACUUAAGUACGGAUUCGUAACACCUCUGACGUCACUAGUAGUAGUCAAACCAGACGAAACCAACGCGGUUGAUAUUGAAUCCGUUGAUUCUAGCCCAUAUGCUGAAGAGAAGACGACAACUCAGCAGCCUACAUAUCACAGUUAUUAUACACCUAGCCCGCAACGUACAUUUUACGGAUAUAAUGCUCGUCAUGGAUCGUUGAAUCCAGUAAAUUCACGACUAGGAAAUGGUUUCUCCUAUCACUCAAACAACAUUGGUAUUGGUGAUAUGAAUGCCAAUUCUGUCUACAUGGGCGUUUCAGAUGAUGAUUAUGGCGGCAGCAAUCGGGGCUAUAAUGGUGGCAGUUUCGGGUCCUACAAUGGUGGUGGUCAUAUUUCUCUACUCAGUGGUGGUUAUAGUGACCACAAUAGUGGCAGCUUCGAUUCCGACUAUGGUGGUUCAUAUGGACGUGUUUAUGGUGGCGGCAACUAUAACAGCUUUGGUGCCGACUAUGGCGAUAAUUACGGCUCAAGGCAUCUGGUUAAAGAUGACGAUGAUGAUAUGAUGAUGAGAAUCUCCGGUGGCAACAAUAAUUACAAUAGAAUGUGGGAUUCAGGUUCAGGUGAAAACAUCGUCGUUGCUCCUACUACCACUAGUACUACCACUAGUACUACCAGCACCACUACCACACAAGCUACAACCACUGCUUCAUCUAGAAACUAUCACCUAGGAGACUAUAAAUGGACGACAUCUUUACUCAACACUAGUAUUGAUGCACUUGUAUUGCUCGGAGAAAAUGGCACACAAAUCAUCCUGAAUCUCCCAACAGAUAUUAAUACUCCUAAAGCGAAUGGUGGAGACACGGAAUGCUCGAAUAGCUGCACGUCUGGGGUGGGUGCGAAUCAGAGUGAGCAGAGUGUGUGCGUGUAUCUCACGCGGUGCCACGCCGCCCGAAGCAUCACUGCCGAUGACUAUCAGAAGAGCUACUGCGUUGUCAACAACAGAUAUGCUGGUGUCUGCUGUCCAAGGAAUGAAGUUGAUAGGAGCACAAUAUAAAGUUAUUUUAGUUAAUUACAAAGGAACUUACCAAUGACAUAGAAUAUUAUAAUAGUACUAUUUGCCUACCUACAGCCUGCUUUUACAAUAUACAGCUCAUACACGCAUUUAAUAGAAUAUUAUUUUGUAAUAUAUUAAGGCCCUAGAAGCAUGCAUUUUGUAUUGGUAGGGGUAUAAGGCCGUAUUUAAGUUAGAUAAUGAAAUAUUGUUAGAUUUUAUUGUACUUAUAUUUGUUCCUGUUUAUCUGUUUUUAAUUGUUAAGUAAAUCAAUUUUAAAUAAAAAUGUUCAUAACUAA